GCUCUUCUGUGCCACCCUCGUGAGCCACCAUGGGGCUGCCACUAGCUCGCCUGGUGGCUGCGUGCCUAGUCCUGGCCUUAGCCAAGGGCUCGGAACUCCAGAAAGAAGCCAGAUCCCGAAACCACGUCUGCAGCACCUGGGGUGACUUCCACUACAAAACUUUUGACGGCGAUGUCUACCGAUUCCCUGGCCUCUGUGAUUACAACUUUGCGUCUGACUGCCGAGACUCCUACAAGGAAUUUGCUGUGCACCUGAAGCGGGGCUUGGGCGAGGCUGGGGGUCACUCCCAGAUAGAGUCUAUCCUGAUCACCAUUAAGGAUGACACCAUCUACCUCACCCACAAGCUGGCAGUGGUGAACGGGGCCAUGGUCAGCACCCCACACUACAGCUCCGGGCUGCUCAUUGAGAAGAACGAUGCCUACACCAAGGUCUACUCUCGGGCCGGCCUCUCCCUCAUGUGGAACCGGGAAGAUGCACUCAUGGUGGAGCUGGACAGCCGGUUCCAGAACCAUACCUGUGGUCUCUGCGGGGACUUCAAUGGCAUGCAGACCAAUUAUGAAUUCCUCUCUGAGGAAGGCAUACAGUUCAGUGCCAUUGAGUUUGGGAACAUGCAGAAGAUCAACAAGCCUGAGGUUCAAUGUGAGGACCCUGAGGCAGUACAAGAACCGGAGUCCUGCUCUGAACACCGAGCCGAAUGUGAGAGGCUGCUGACCUCCGCAGCCUUCGAGGACUGCCAGACCCGCGUGCCCGUGGAGUCGUACGUGCGCGCCUGCAUGCACGACCGCUGCCAGUGUCCGAAGGGUGGCGCCUGCGAGUGCAGCACCCUGGCUGAGUUCUCGCGCCAGUGCUCUCACGCAGGAGGCCGACCUGAGAACUGGAGGACCGCCUCACUCUGCCCCAAGAAAUGCCCCAAUAACAUGGUGUACCUGGAGAGCAGCUCGCCCUGCGUCGACACAUGCUCACAUCUGGAGGUUAGCAGCUUGUGUGAGGAACACUACAUGGAUGGCUGCUUCUGCCCAGAAGGGACUGUGUAUGAUGACAUCACGGGCAGUGGCUGCAUCCCUGUGAGCCAGUGCCACUGCAAGCUGCACGGACACCUCUAUAUGCCAGGCCAGGAGUUUACCAACGACUGUGAGCAGUGUGUCUGCAAUGCUGGUCGCUGGGUGUGUAAAGACCUGCCUUGCCCUGAGACCUGUGCCCUGGAAGGUGGCUCCCACAUCACCACCUUUGAUGGGAAAAAGUUUACCUUUCAUGGGGACUGCUACUAUGUCCUGACCAAGAGCGAACACAAUGACUCCUAUGCCCUCCUGGGGGAGCUGGCCUCCUGCGGCUCUACAGACAAGCAGACCUGCCUGAAGACUGUCGUGCUGUUGACUGACGACAAGAAGAACGUGGUGGCCUUCAAAUCAGGUGGCAGUGUGUUGCUCAAUGAGAUGGAGGUGACCCUACCCCAUGUGGCAGCCAGCUUCUCCAUCUUCCAACCCUCCUCCUACCACAUUGUUGUGAACACGAAGUUCGGGCUGCGGCUGCAGAUCCAGUUGCUUCCAGUCAUGCAGCUUUUUGUGACUCUGGACCAGGCUGCCCAGGGACAGGUGCAGGGUCUCUGUGGAAACUUCAAUGGCCUAGAGAGUGAUGACUUCAUGACGUCUGGUGGAAUGGUGGAGGCCACCGGUGCUGGCUUCGCCAAUACCUGGAAGGCCCAAUCAAGCUGCCACGACAAGCUGGACUGGCUAGAUGACCCCUGCUCCCUCAACAUUGAGAGUGCCAACUACGCUGAGCACUGGUGUUCCCUCCUGAAGAGGUCAGAGACGCCCUUUGCCAGAUGCCACCUGGCUGUGGAUCCCACUGAGUACUACAAGAGGUGCAAAUAUGACACGUGCAACUGUCAGAACAACGAGGACUGCAUGUGCGCGGCUCUUUCUUCCUACGCCCGUGCCUGUGCAGCCAAGGGUGUCAUGCUGUGGGGCUGGCGGGAACGUGUCUGCAACAAGGAUGUGCACGCUUGCCCAAGCUCACAGAUCUUCAUGUACAACCUGACCACUUGCCAGCAGACCUGCCGCUCACUCUCAGAGGGCGACAGCCACUGCCUCAAGGGAUUUGCACCUGUGGAAGGCUGUGGCUGCCCUGACCAUACCUUCAUGGAUGAGAAAGGCCGCUGUGUGCCCUUGGCUAAGUGUUCCUGCUACCACCAUGGUCUUUACCUGGAAGCAGGAGAUGUGAUUCUGAGGCAGGAGGAGCGCUGCAUUUGCCGGAACGGGAGGCUGCAAUGUACCCAGGUCAAACUGAUUGGCCACACCUGUCAAUACCCCAAAAUCCUUGUGGAUUGCAACAACUUAACUGCUCUGGCCGUCCGGAAACCCCGUCCCACUAGCUGCCAGACACUGGUGGCUGGCUAUUACCAUACUGAGUGUAUCAGUGGCUGUGUGUGUCCCGAUGGACUGCUGGAUGAUGGCCGUGGUGGCUGUGUGGAAGAGGACAAGUGUCCUUGCAUCCACAACAAAGAUCUAUACUCUUCUGGGGAAAGUAUCAAACUGGAUUGUAACAACACAUGUACUUGCCAGAAAGGACGCUGGGAGUGCACCCGGUAUGCAUGCCACAGCACCUGCUCUAUCUACGGGAGUGGCCACUACAUCACCUUCGACGGGAAGCAUUAUGACUUCGAUGGACACUGCUCCUAUGUGGCUGUUCAGGACUACUGUGGCCAGAACUCUACUGGUUCCUUCAGCAUUAUUACUGAGAAUGUCCCCUGCGGUACCACAGGUGUUACCUGCUCCAAGGCCAUAAAGAUCUUUAUUGGGGGGACAGAGCUGAAGUUGGUAGAUAAACACCGUGUGGUAAAACAGUUGGAAGAGGGCCACCAUGUGCCCUAUAUCACACGGGAAGUGGGUCAGUACCUAGUGGUGGAAGCCAGCUCCGGCAUCAUCGUUAUCUGGGACAAGAAAACUACCAUCUUCAUCAAGCUGGACCCCUCUUACAAGGGCACUGUAUGUGGUCUGUGUGGGAACUUUGAUGACCAGACCAAAAAUGACUUCACCACUCGGGACCACAUGGUGGUGACCAGCGAGCUGGACUUUGGGAAUAGCUGGAAGGAGGCUUCCACUUGCCCAGAUGUAAGCCACAACCCAGACCCCUGCAGCUUGAACCCACAUCGCCGCUCCUGGGCAGAGAAGCAGUGCAGCAUUAUCAAGAGUCGUGUGUUUAAAGUGUGCCACAGCAAGGUGGACCCCACAGUCUUCUAUGAGGCCUGUGUGCACGACUCCUGCUCCUGUGACACUGGCGGUGACUGUGACUGUUUCUGCUCUGCCGUGGCUUCCUACGCUCAAGAGUGCACCAAGGCAGAGGCCUGUGUGUUCUGGAGGACGCCGGAUCUAUGCCCCAUAUUCUGUGACUACUACAACCCCCCGGACGAGUGUGAAUGGCACUAUGAACCCUGUGGGAACCGCAGCUUUGAGACCUGCAGAACCCUCAAUGGCAUCCACUCUAACAUCUCCGUGUCUUACCUGGAGGGUUGCUACCCUCGGUGCCCUGAGGACAGGCCCAUCUAUGAUGAGGACCUGAAGAAAUGUGUCACUGGGGACAAGUGUGGCUGCUAUAUUGAGGACACUCGAUACCCACCUGGAGGAUCUGUUCCCACUGAUGAGAUCUGCAAGUCUUGUACAUGCACCAACACGUCAAAAAUCGAAUGCCAUCCAGAUGAAGGGAAGAUUCUUAACAUGACCCAGGAUGGUAUCUUCUGCUACUGGGAGUUCUGCGGCCCCAAUGGAACAGUGGGGCAACACUUCAAUAUUUGUGGAUCCUCCACGGCAAUCCCUUCCACCACAACAAGCUUCACCACAAUCUCUACUCCCAUCUCCACCACCCCCAUCUCUACCACCAUUACCACCACUACAGUCACGAUGACCACUGAGCAAGUACCUUGCUGCUUUUGGUCUGACUGGAUCAACAAAUAUCAUCCUACCAAAGAAAAUGGUGGUGAUCGAGAGACCUUUACACAUGUCUGUAGUGCUCCUGAGGACAUUGAGUGCAGGGCAGCCACAGAUCCCAAACUCAGCUGGGAAGAACUGGGCCAGAAGGUACAGUGUAAUGUCUCAACGGGACUCAUUUGCAAUAAUGAGGACCAGUAUGGAAUUGGGGAAUUUGAACUUUGUUAUGAUUAUGAGAUACGAGUCAACUGUUGCUAUCCAAUGGAAUACUGUACUCCUUCAACUAUCUCACCUACAACUUCAACAACAACCUUGUCUACCACUCCACCUACGUCUUCACCAACCACCUUACCUACAUCUUCCCCAGUGACUUCAUCUGCUACUUUACCAACAACCUCCUCUAUAACUUCAACAAUUUCACCAACUACUUCACCAACCACCCCAUUAACCACCUCACCAACCACCUCACCAACAACCUCACCAACCACCCCAUCAACAACCUCACCAACGACCCCAACAACCACCUCACCAACCACCCCAUCAACCACUUCUCCAACCACCCCAUCAACCACCCCAUCAACCACUUCUCCAACCACCCCAUCAACCACCUCACCAACGACCCCAACAAGCACUUCACCAAACACCCAAUCAACCACUUCUCCAACCACCUCACCAACCACCCCAUCAACCACCUCACCAACCACAUCACCAACCACCCCUUCAACCACCUCACCAACCAUCUCAACAACCACAUCAACCAUAUCACCAACCACUCCAUCAACGACUUCACCAAACACCCCAUCAACCACCUCAUCUACCAUCCCAUCAACCACCUCACCAACCACCCCAUCAACAACCUCACCAACCAUCUCAACAACCACAUCAACCACCUCACCAACCACUCCAUCAACCACUUCACCAACCACCCCUUCAACCACCUCACCUACAACCCCAUCAACCACCUCACCAACCAUUUCAACAACCACAUUAACCACCUCACCAACCACUCCUUCAACCACUUCACCAACCACUCCAUCAACCACCUCACCGACCACCCCUUCAACCACCUCACCAACCAUCUCAAUAACAACAUCAACCAUCUCUCCUACCACUCCAUCAACCACUUCACCAACCACCCUGUCAACCACCUCACCAACCACCCCUUCAACCACCUCACCAACAAUUUCAACAACAACAUCAACCUCACCAACCACUCCAUCAACCACUUCACCAACCACCCCAUCAACCCCCUCAUCUACCACCCCAUCAACCACCUCACCAACCACCCCUUCAACCACCUCACCAACCAUCUCAACAACCUCAUCAACCAUCUCUCCUACCACUCCAUCAACCACUUCACCAACCACCCCAUCAACCACCUCACCAACCACCCCUUCAACCACCUCACCAACCAUCUCAACAACCACAUCAACCAUCUCUCCUACCACUCCAUCAACCACUUCACCAACCACCCCAUCAACCACCUCACCAACCACCCCUUCAACCACCUCACCAACCAUCUCAACAACCACAUCAACCAUCUCUCCUACCACUCCAUCAACCACUUCACCAACCACCCCAUCAACCACCUCACCAAACACUCCUUCAACCACCUCAACAACCACAUCAACCACCUCACCAACCACCCCAUCAACCACCUCACCAACCAUCUCAACAACCACAUCAACCACCUCACCAACCACCCCUUCAACCACCUCACCAACCAUUUCAACAACAACAUCAACAACCUCACCAACCACUCCAUCAACCACUUCACCAACCACUCCAUCAACCACUUCACCAACCACCCCAUCAACCACCUCACCAACCACCCCUUCAACCACCUCACCAACCAUCUCAACAACCUCAUCAACCAUCUCUCCUACCACUCCAUCAACCACUUCACCAACCACCCCAUCAACCACCUCACCAACCACCCCUUCAACCACCUCACCAACCAUCUCAACAACCACAUCAACCACCUCACCAACCACCCCUUCAACCACCUCACCAACCAUCUCAACAACCACAUCAACCAUCUCUCCUACCACUCCAUCAACCAGUUCACCAACCACCCCAUCAACCACCUCACCAACCACUCCUUCAACCACCUCACCAACCAUCUCAACAACCACAUCAACCACCUCACCAACCACUCCAUCAACCACUUCACCAACCACCCCAUCAACCACCUCACCAACCAUCUCAACAACCACAUCAACCACCUCACCAACCACCCCUUCAACCACCUCACCAACCAUUUCAACAACAACAUCAACAACCUCACCAACCACUCCAUCAACCACUUCACCAACCACUCCAUCAACCACUUCACCAACCACCCCAUCAACCACCUCACCAACCACCCCUUCAACCACCUCACCAACCAUCUCAACAACCUCAUCAACCAUCUCUCCUACCACUCCAUCAACCACUUCACCAACCACCCCAUCAACCACCUCACCAACCACCCCUUCAACCACCUCACCAACCAUCUCAACAACCACAUCAACCACCUCACCAACCACCCCUUCAACCACCUCACCAACCAUUUCAACAACAACAUCAACAACCUCACCAACCACUCCAUCAACCACUUCACCAACCACUCCAUCAACCACUUCACCUACCACCCCAUCAACCACCUCACCAACCACCCCUUCAACCACCUCACCAACCAUCUCAACAACCUCAUCAACCAUCUCUCCUACCACUCCAUCAACCACUUCACCAACCACCCCAUCAACCACCUCACCAACCACCCCUUCAACCACCUCACCAACCAUCUCAACAACCACAUCAACCACCUCACCAACCACCCCUUCAACCACCUCACCAACCAUCUCAACAACCACAUCAACCAUAUCUCCUACCACUCCAUCAACCACUUCACCAAUCACCCCAUCAACCACCUCACCAACCACCCCUUCAACCACCUCACCAACCAUCUCAACAACCACAUCAACCACCUCACCAACCACCCCUUCAACCACCUCACCAACCAUCUCAACAACCACAUCAACCAUAUCUCCUACCACUCCAUCAACCACUUCACCAAUCACCCCAUCAACCACCUCACCAACCACCCCUUCAACCACCUCACCAACCAUCUCAACAACCACAUCAACAAUCUCACCAACCACUCCAUCAACCACCUCACCUACCACCCCAUCAACCACCUCACCAACCACCCUUUCAACCACCUCACCAACCAUCUCAACAACCACAUCAACCAUCUCUCCUACCACUCCAUCAACCACUUCACCAACCACUCCAUCAACCACUUCACCUACCACCCCAUCAACCACCUCACCAACCACCCCUUCAACUACCUCACCAACCAUCUCAACAACCACAUCAACCAUCUCACCAACCACUUCACCAACCACCCCAUCAACCACUUCACCAACCACCCAUUCAACCACCUCACCAACCACCCCUUCAACCACCUCACCAACCAUCUCAACAACCACAUCAACCAUCUCUCCUACCACUCCAUCAACCACUUCACUAACCACUCCAUCAACCACUUCACCUACCACCCCAUCAACCACCUCACCAACCACCCCUUCAACUACCUCACCAACCAUCUCAACAACCACAUCAACCAUCUCACCAACCACUCCAUCAACCACUUCACCAACCACCCCAUCAACCACCUCACCAACCACCCCUUCAACCACCUCACCAAACAUUUCAACAACCACAUCAACCAUCUCACCAACCACUCCAUCAACCACUUCACCAACCACCCCAUCAACCACCUCACCAACCACCCCUUCAACCACCUCACCAACCAUCUCAACAACCACAUCAACCAUCUCACCAACCACUCCAUCAACCACUUCACCAACCACCCCAUCAACCACCUCACCUACCACCCCAUCAACCACCUCACCAACCACCCCUUCAACCACCUCACCAACCAUCUCAACAACCACAUCAACAAUCUCACCAACCACUCCAUCAACCACUUCACCAACCACCCCAUCAACCACCUCACCUACCACCCAAUCAACCACCUCACCAACUAUCUCAACAAACACUCCAUCAACCACUUCACCUACCACCCCUUCAACCACCUCACCAACCAUCUCAACAACCACAUCAACCAUCUCACCAACCACUCCAUCAACCACUUCACCAACCACCCCAUCAACCACCUCACCAACUACUUCUUCAACCACCUCACCAACCAUCUCAACAACCACCUCAACCAUCUCACCAACCACUCCAUCAACCACUUCACCAACCACCCCAUCAACCACCUCACCAACCACCCCUUUAACCACCUCACCAACCAUCUCAACAACCACAUCAACCAUCUCACCAACCACUCCAUCAACCACUUCACCAACCACCCCAUCAACCACCUCACCUACCACCCCAUCAACCACCUCACCAACCACCCCUUCAACCACCUCACCAACCAUCUCAACAACCACAUCAACCAUCUCACCAACCACUCCAUCAACCACUUCACCAACCACCUCACCAACCACCCCAUCAACCACCUCACCAACCACCUCAUCCACUGCUACACAGACAAUUUCAGUUACCACUUCACAAACUUCUUCAUCAGCUACCCCUCCUAACAGUUCACCAACCUCCUCAGCUACAACUUCACCAACCACUUCAUCAGGAACCUCAACUGCUACUUCACCGAGCACAUCACCUACCACAUCAUCAACCUUCACUACCCCACCCUCCACUACAUGCAUUGAUGACUGCAAGUGGACUGGCUGGCUGGAUUCUGGAAAACCCACUUAUGAUAUAAAAAGUGGAGAUUUUGAACUGAUUAAAGGUGUCUGCGAACCACACUGGGAAGUACAAAACAUUUCCUGCCGAGCUGUGAUGCAUUCCAACAUUCCACUUGAUCAGCUUGGACAAAUAGUGGUUUGUAACAAAGAAGUUGGGUUAGUGUGCAAAAAUGAAGAUCAGGAAAUAGGAGGGAUCAUCCCCAUGCGCAUGUGUCUCAACUAUGAGAUCAAUGUUUACUGCUGUAAUCCAAUAUGUUUUACCUCAACUCCAUCAUCUACCACCACAGAGACCCCAACUACAACAUCAACCACAAAGACCUCCAUUCUGACAUCUACUACCACACAGACACCAAGCCCAUCUCCUACAACUACGGUGACUCCAACUCCAGCACCAACCACUACACAAAUUCCAACUUCAACAUCUACGACCACCCAGACCACAACCCCAACACCCAUCACAGAGACCUCCACUCCUACAUCUACCAUCAGUCAGACACCAAGCCCAGCCUCUACCACCACGGUAACUCCGGCCACAACAUCUACUACUACAGAGACGUCAACUUCAACAUCUACUACCACACAGACCACAUCUCCAACACCUACAGUAACAGAGACAUCUACUCCUAGAUCUACCACUACUCAGACACCAAGCCCAGUCCCUACUACCACGGUGACUUCAACUCCAACACCAACAAUUGGAGAGACCACAACCCCAACAACUACAAUAACAGAAACUUUCACUCCCAGAUCUACCACAACCCAGACAUCCAGCCCAGUCCCUUCUACCACAGUGACUCCAACCCCAACCCCAAUCACCACAGAGACCUCAACCUCAACACCUACUACCACACAGACCACAACACCAACACCCAUCACAGAGACCUCCACUCCCAUAUCUACCACUACGCAUACACCAAGUCCAUCUUCCACUACCUCAACAACAUCAACCCAAACCCCAACUCCUACUACCACAGGUCCCUCAACCUCAACAUCUACUACCAUACAGACCACAACCCCAACACCCAUCACAGAGACCUUCACUCCUACAUCUACCACUACCCAGACACCAAGUUCAACCCCUACAACCACAGUGACCCCAACCCCAACCACCACAGAGACUUCAACUUCAACAUCUACUACCACACAGACCACAACCCCAACACCCAUCACAGAGACCUUCACUCCUACAUCUACCACUACCCAGACACCAAGUCCAACCCCUACAACCACAGUGAAUCCAACCCCAACACCCACCACUAUAGGGCCCUCAACCUCAACAUCAACUACCACACAGACCACAACCCCAACACCUACAGGAACAGAGACCUCCACUCCUACAUCUACCACUACCCAGACACCAAGUCCAACCCCUACAACCACAGUGACUCCAACCCCAUCACCAACCACCACAGAGACCUCAACAUCUACUACCACACAGACCACAACCCCAACACCUACAGGAACAGAGACCUCCACUCCUACAUCUACCACUACCCAGACACCAAGUCCAACCCCUACAACCACAGUGACUCCAACCCCAUCACCAACCACCACAGAGACCUCAACAUCUACUACCACACAGACCACAACCCCAACACCCAUCACAGAGACCUCCACUCCUACAUCUACCACUACCCAGACACCAAGUCCAACCCCUACAACCACAGUGACUCCAACCUCAACACCCACCACUACAGGGACCUCAACCUCAACAUCUACUACCACACAGACCACAACCCCAACACCUACAGGAACAGAGACCUUCACUCCCAGAUCUACCACUACCCAGACCCCAAGUUCAUCUUCCACCACUUCAGGGACCCCAACCCCAACACCUACCACAACACAUACCUCAACUUUAACAUCUACAACAGAGGCCAGUACCCCAACACCCAUCAUUGAGACUUCCACUCCCAAAUCUACCACUAUCCAGACCCCAAGCCCUUCUCCUACUACCACAGUGACUUCACCUACAACACCCACCACCACAGUCAAAGAGACCUCCACCCCUACAAACACAGUACCUACUACAGGAUCAACCUCUUCUAAACCUCCAACUGAAUCCUCGACGCCUGUGACCUCUCAAUCCACUCCUUCCCCUCCCACGGAGUCUACCACCCUUUCAAGCACCCCUGUAACCACAGCAACAUCUAGCACAGCAUCAUCCCCUGGAACAACAUCACCAUUCGUCACUUCAUCAGCGGGCAGCACUCCCUCUUCACCUCCAGGUUCAACACCAGGACCUACCACAUCUUCAGGCAUGCCCACCUCCUCAAAGACCACAACAGGGCCAACUUCACCUACCACAAGACCACCCUCCACAUCUACCCCUACAUCCUUCACUGUUCCAACGGAAACUACCACUCAGACAAGACCCUUAUCAACCACACCAACUACUUUGGAGACCACCAGGACCUCGUCUUGGGGGACAUUCUCUUCGACCUCCCCAAUCACCUCUCCCAGCACUGUCUGGACCCACACUGAAACACAGGUUACCUGCUGUGUUUUGAAUGAGAUGUUCUACGGCCCAGGUGAACUGGUCUACAACAGUACCCAUGGGGGCACCUGUUUCUAUGUAAACUGCUCUCUGGACUGCCAUCUCCAGUUCUUCAAUUGGUCCUGUCCAUCUACUCCCUCAACUCCUACACCCUCAACACCAACACCAACACCCUCCCAGACGACCACACCAUCUACCACGUCUUCCAAGUCUACACCCUCUACACCCCAAUCCACAUCGCCCAAGUCGACACUCAGCACACCAACCAAAACCACCCCCUAUGGGUGCCCAGAUUUUGAUCCUCCCAGACAGGUUAAUGAGACCUGGUGGCUGUGUAACUGUACUAUGGCUAUUUGCAAUCAUGACAACGUAGUGGAGAUUGUGCCGCUGAAGUGCGAUCCCCCACCCAUGCCCACCUGUGCCAAUGGCCUCAAACCUGUGCGUGUUCCUGAUGCUGAUAACUGCUGCUGGCACUGGGAAUGUGACUGCUACUGCACUGGCUGGGGGGACCCACACUUUGUCACCUUCGAUGGGCUCUACUACAGUUACCAGGGUAACUGUACCUAUGUGCUGGUGGAGGAGAUUACCCCCACAGUGGACAACUUUGGGGUCUACAUUGACAACUACCACUGUGAUGCCAAUGACAAGGUGUCCUGCCCCCGCACACUUAUUGUGCGCCACGAGACCCAGGAAGUACAGAUCAAGACCGUGAGGAUGAUGCCCAUUGAGGUGGAGGUACAGGUGAACAAGCAGUUAGUGGCUUUGCCCUACAAGAAGUAUGGGCUGGAGGUAUACGAGUCUGGCAUCAACAUUGUGGUGAACAUCUCCAGGCUAGAAGCCAAGAUCUCCUACAAUGGCCUUUCUUUCUCCAUCCGGCUGCCCUACAAACUGUUUGGCAACAACACAAAGGGCCAGUGUGGCACCUGCACCAACAAUACUGCAGAUGACUGUAUCCUGCCCAGUGGGAAGAUCAUCUCUGACUGUGAAAUUGCUGCUGACGAGUGGUUGGUGAAUGACCCCUCCAAGCCACACUGUCCCCACAAAGGCCUCACCACCAAGCGUCCGGCCACCACGACACCAGGGCUUUCGCUUAAUAACUGCACUGUGUCUCCUGUCUGCCACCUCAUCAUGGACAGCCUAUUCUCCCAGUGCCACGCCUUCGUGCCUCCCAAGCACUACUAUGAAGCUUGCCUGUUUGAUAGCUGCUAUGUGCCUGGCUCUAAUAUGGAGUGUGCCAGUGUACAGGCCUAUGCCACCCUCUGUGCCAAGGAAGGUGUCUGCAUUGACUGGCGGAACCACACCCAGGGAGUCUGCUCUGUGAAGUGCCCACCUCACAAGCAGUAUCAGGCCUGUGGCCCUGAAGAAGAACCCACCUGCCAGCCCAGCUCCUCUCAGAAUUCCACACUCUUGGUGGAAGGCUGCUUCUGUCCUGAAGGCACCACAAAGUUUGCCCCUGGCUAUGACGUCUGUGUGAAGACAUGUGGAUGUGUGGGACCUGACAAUGUGCCCAGAGAGUUUGGAGAGCACUUUGAGUUUGACUGCAAGGACUGUGUUUGCCGGGAGGGUGGAAGUGGCAUUGUGUGCCAACCAAAGAAAUGUUCUGGUGGCAACCAGACCACAUGUGAGGAGGAUGGCACCUACCUCGUUGUAGAGACCAACCCAGAUGACAAGUGCUGCAAUAUCACCUCAUGUAAGUGUGACACCAAACGAUGCAAAGCUGAACGCCCCACAUGUUUGUUGGGAUUCGAAGUGAAGACCGAGAUUGUGCCCGGGAAAUGCUGUCCAGUUUAUUCCUGUGUGCCCAAGGGUGUGUGUGUGCACCAGAAUGCUGAAUACCAGCCCGGAUCUCCAGUGUAUUCCAACAAGUGCCAGGACUGUGUAUGUACCAACAUCUUGGACAACAGCACCCAGCUCAACGUCAUCUCCUGUACCCAUGUGCCCUGUAACAUCUCCUGCAGCUCUGGCUUUGAGCUUGUGGACGUCCCUGGGGAAUGUUGCAAGAAGUGCCAGCAGACCCAUUGCAUCAUCGAGGGGCCCAAGCAGCAGUACAUUAUUCUGAAGCCUGGGGAGAUUCACAAAAACCCCAGCAACAAGUGCACCUUCUUCAGCUGCAUGAAAAUCAACAACCAGCUCAUCUCCUCGGUCUCCAACAUCACCUGUCCCGACUUCAACCCAAGUGAUUGUGUUUCAGGCUCCAUCACAUACAUGCCUAAUGGCUGCUGUAAGACAUGCAUCCCUCAAAACCAGACCAGAGUCCCUUGCUCUGCUGUCUCCGUCAUGAAGGAGAUUUCCUACAAUGGCUGCACCAAGAACAUCUCCAUGAACUACUGUUUUGGGUCCUGUGGGACUUUUGCCAUGUACUCUGCCCAGGUCCAGGGUCUGGAUCACAGGUGCUCUUGCUGCAAGGAGGAGAAGACCAGUGUCCGAAGUGUUACCCUGGAAUGCCCAGAUGGCAGUGAGCUGAGCCAUACCUACACACACAUCGAGAGCUGUCUGUGCCAGGACACUGUCUGUGGGCUCCCACAGGCCCAGCAAGUCCGCACCAGGCGUUCUAGCCCCCGUUUUCUAGGAAGGAAGUGAAUGGGUUGUACCGUGCACAUUCCUUCGCAUCUUAAACUAUUCUGCUGACUCUCUGACCUUCUCCACUCCUGGCUUGGCUUCUUCUCUGCACAUAUUUAUUUUCGGAGUUUCUGUUCCAUUCUUUGCUUUCCGAUAAUAAACUCAGGCAUAGCCA